AUGCAAUGGGUUGUUCCUGGGCAAAAGAAACGGAUCCUCAUGGGCUUAGCCGGCAUUGCGCUACAGUGCAGGCAAUACCAGAAGGCAAGUGCAUUAGCCACAGAGAAAAGGUGGGAACGGGCAAAAGAGUCGGUUCAAUUAUCACGAAAAUUGAUGACUAGUAGCAUUACUCUGCUUCAGCCAGUCCGAUUCACAAAGGAUCGCUGUGCAAAACCCAUAGCCCAUUGUGAACCUAAGGCAAAGUUCACUGACAAGAGCAAGGCACCUAUUAAUGUUGUCAAUAUGACACCGAAAGGUAACUAUGACAUUCCAGAAUCACAUCAACAUCCUUCGUGA